GCGUCUUUUUUUUCCCGCAAUAAACAAGUGCGAAGGUGCGUGAGAGAACGGGACAGGUUUGCAGUCAAAAUGCCCAAACGUACUUAUCCUUUUCCCGAGGCGUACUCCUCUCAGUACAAAAUACACAUUGGUCAAAAAGAGUUGAUCAACUAUGGCGUGUUCGGGAACAAUUGCAGACAGGAAAUAUACGUUAAGACAAAGAAUUUGCUUUUCAAUGGUGCCAAAGCUGUGAUGGGCAAAAUAUGGACUGGCGAGGAGAAGAGCACUGACCCACAGCCUAUUGGACAAGCACAAAAAUCGGCAUGCCAAACACUUCUUAGAGGACAGACAUUGAUUGGACAUGACGGGAGACUGACAAGAGCAAUUGCUGAACAAGGUGCACCAGCAGCUUCCACAGGCUGUUGUGUGUGUCAGAAAAGCAAGGGGUCCAGGUCAUCGUGUUCCCAGUGUGACCGACUAGUCUGUUCCUCCUGUACCCGACAAUGUUCCAGCUGCUCCAGCCUCUGCUGCUCUGUCUGCACUGUCAUAGAUUACAGCGGACAAUAUGAUGAAGUACUGUGCUGCAGCUGCUCAACAUAGAGGAACGCCAAAGGAAGGAUCAGGAGUUUUUUGCUUGAACAAAUCUAGUUGCCCUGUGAGCUAUUACAAAGACUACAUUUUAUACAUAUAAUGCUUUUAUUAUGUGAUCCAUGUUUUCUUGUAUAUAUGCAUUUCAUCUUAUAAUUAACUGAAAUAAACUUGAACACUUUUUUGUACA